UUUAAAUAACGUAACUAAAAUUGGAAAAGAAACAAAAUGGCUUUUUCGACUAUAGUCACUGUAGCUCUCGUAAUAACCUUUGUUUCAUUGAAUGGCUUUAUUCAGGAAGAACAUGGCCAAAUUCACACAGACGUUUCUCGUAUCUCUUGUGACUUUGAUCAAAAUUUGUGUAAUUGGAGAAAUUAUAGCAACUGGGAAUUUGUGGAUUAUUCUGUUAUUACCAACGUUCCACCACCAAAAGGUCAACAUAUUAUUGCGCUCCUUGGAGGACAGAAACAUCAAACGGGAUAUCUUGCAAGCGGAACAUUUAAUUUGAACACUGCGAUGGGCACACUGAUACUAUGGGUUUGGUUGUCAUUCGACGUGGAGUUUGAGGUGGCACUACUUAGUCCUCAAAAAACAAUCCUGUGGUCAACAAAAUCGGACCUUACUCCCGAUAUAAGGCUUGGAAUGGAAUGGAUCCUAAUUGAAAUUGACUUAUUUACUAAAGUGACUCAACAAAACACAGAGAAUAAAACGUUUGAGGUAUUACUGCACGGGACAGUCUCGAACAAUCAAAGAUCGGUCCUGGCAGUAUCUAGAAUUCAGGUUAUCGAUCACUUAAAUGCAUCGGGAACACUGCGUAAGAGUCAAAAAGAAGAAAUUAAAGACAAAGCACAUAAAGAAGAAAUAUUAAAAACUAGCAAGAGAAAAUUGAAUUCAAUACCACUAGACAGUGCAAAUUAUAAAAGAAGUCAUCACUACUCCUUAUCUAGUGAAGCUUCAACACUAUCUCCAAGUAGUACUGAUAUAAUGGCAUCUACAUAUUCUGAGAAGACAUCUUCAUCUCACCCAAAGACUGAGAUUUCAUCUCAAUCUUCCUUUCAUAAAACAAUGUUUACUGCAGAAUCAUCUCGCAUGACUAAUUCUACGUCUUCCACAACAUUAAAAGAAGAAACCGCAUCCGAUAUAUAUACAGACACAUCAUCAGAUAUUACAUCUAAACAAAUAACUGAUUUUCCUACUUCAAGUGCAGAUUAUGUGACAUCUGUUUCAGCGACUAUUCAGAUAAAUUCCUCCACGACUACAGACAUACCACUUUCUUCCAAAAUUGAUAGUGGAAGUACAUUUGAACCAACAUCUCAGGAAACUGCAGGUCACCAUUCUUUGUCUAGUGAAGGAUCAACAAUAUCUUCAA